GGGGGGGGGGGGAAGCUUAAAAACUUGCACCUUGAGAAGAAAGGAAGGAAAACGGAAUCUGCAGCCCAAAGAUGAAGCAGUGAAUGGAAAGAGCAAUUUAACUGGAAUCAACAAGUGGGAACUUUUGCACGCCUUGUUCUUCCCCUCCCUUCCCGCUGCAGCCCGCAAGCUUUCAGAAACUUUGUUGCUGGAAAAAAAGGAAAAAAAAACCAAACCAACCAAAACCAAACAAAAACUUGUCCCCGUUUUGCGGACCUUUCCUCCCGCGCCUCUCCCGGGAUAUAGCAGGCACCCUCACCCGCGAUGCUGCCCAGGCCCAGCGCUGCCCUGGCCGUCUAUGCCCUUCAGGGGCUGCUCCUGCUGCACGGUCUUCCUGAGGAAGAUUUUUUUGAGAAACCAACACUAAGCAUUGCAAAAGACCAGAUUGUCAUCUUACCAGGAGACACCCUAAAAAUAAAAUGCAGGGGAGCACCUUCUGUAAGCUGGCUGUUGAGGGGGGACCAGAAGGAAGACCCCCGAGUGCACAUCAGUAAUUGUCACAAUAAUACGAGGCAAAGCUGCAGCAUGCUUGUCAUCAGGAAAGUCAUAGCUAAUGACACUGGUUACUUCACCUGCAUCCAUGAUGACUCCCCAACUAAUGAAGAUCUCAUGGCCAAGAUUUAUGUGUUUGUUAAAGACUACAGAAAUCCAUUUGUGCAGAUUCACCUGGAACAUCCCGAAGUAAUCUACAUUUUAGAUGCUAACCAAACGGUGGUUGUCCCCUGCCGAGUUACCUCACCAGAUAUCAAACCUAAGCUUACCCAGUAUCCUUCUUCUGUAGAGGUGAAAUUCAAGAAGAUGGUGUGGGACCCAAGAAGAGGAUUUGUCAUCCCCUCUGAUUCUUUUGUUUACUCUGGAGUACUCACAUGCACUGCAAAUGUCAAUGGAAGUGUGUUCACCUCCUUUUACCUAGCACAGAGACUGGAGGGCAGAGCACAGAACCUGGCUCUGAAGGCAACUCCCAGAAAACUGCUGGUUGGAGAAACUCUCUAUUUGGAGUGCAGAGCAGAAACCUUCAGCAACGGUCGCAUUGGGCUCAUAUGGACAUGUCCUAAUGGGAGACACCCUUAUCCUAAAAAAACCAUGAAGCGGAGUGGCAUGGUGAAUAAAGUUCAGAGUAACCUGACAAUUGAAAAUGUCACCAUGCAAGAUGGAGGCAUCUAUAUAUGCAAAACAUUCAACGUAACAAGGCUGGAGGCCAAUGUCACAGUUACAGUGUAUGACAAACCUUUCAUUACGGUUUCACAUAAGAAAGGGCCUUACUACGAGAUUACAUCAGGACACAAGUCACUGAAACUGGCUGCAAAGGUGGAUGCCUUUCCUCGUCCAAGCGUCACCUGGUACAAAGAUGGCAAACUGAUUAAGGAUAACCACACCUGCUAUGAGCCAGAUCCAAUGAAGUACAGACUGGGCAUCAGAGAUGUGAGACCAAAGCAUGCUGGAAACUACACCAUCGUCUUGAGCAACGCAAAAUAUGGCCUCUAUAAGAACCUCACCAUGCAGCUGGUAGUGACAGAGAGACCCAAAAUCUAUGAAAAGGAAACUGAUUUUGGUAAGAUUGAGCAGGUAGAAUUAAGAAGCAAACACACAAUCCUGUGCACCGCCAGCGGGAACCCUGACCCAAAGAUCGUGUGGAAGUGGCAGCCCUGCAGCCUCACGGGCACACUAUGCAACCCUGAUGGACCAAAAAUUGUGGUUCAGGAGAACAUGUUCAUAGGCAACAAGAUCAGAAGCAUUGAAAACAUAGCCAAGAAGCAUGAGGAUAAAAGAAAGAUUGUGAGCAAACUGACUACGGAGAACAGCAGUGCAUCAGGAAUCUAUUACUGUGUGGCUUCAAACAAGAUUGGGGAAGAAGAGAGGAGCAUUAAGUUCUACGUCUCAGGUGUGCCAUCUGGGUUGCAAACAGACCCACAAGUCACAACUAUCGUGGGGAACGAUGUCCGGCUGACCUGCCGGGCAUCCAAGUACAUCUACAGUCACCUGGCCUGGUAUUACCCCUCCUCAGAGGUGGCUCUCAGUGACUCUGUGAUCAAGAAAACUGACAAAUACUCCAUUUCUUUGACAUUGAUCAUUACUAACAUCACGGAGGAACAGAGUGGCCUCUACAAGUGCAGAGCCCAGAACCAGCACAACAGCACUGACAUGCUGGAACGGCACACUCAGCUCCUCGUCAGAGCAAAGGCAGCACCGUAUGUGAUACAAAACCUGACGGAUCUGGAGGUUAACAUCAGCGGCAAGAUCAUCCUGGAGUGCAAAGUCAGUGGAACACCAGAACCCCAGAUCACGUGGAGGAAGAACGGCUACCCCAUUUCAGCAGCCUCAGGAAUUUCCAUGGAAAAUAAUACCCUUGUCAUUGAGCGAGUGAAAAAGGAUGAUGAAGGGCUCUAUGAAUGCAAAGCGUCCAACGACAUGGGCCAAGACAGCACAUCAGCCUUCAUUAAAAUACAAGGUUCUGAGGAGAAAUCCAACAUUGAAGUUAUCAUUUUGGUCUGCACUGGUCUGGCUGCCACCCUCUUCUGGCUUCUUCUGACCCUAUUCAUUCGGAAGCUGAGAAAACCUGAUGCCACAGAUAUUAAAACAGGAUACCUGUCAAUUAUAAUGGAUCCAGAGGAAAUGCCUCUUGACGAGCAGUGUGACCGGCUUCCCUAUGACAGCAGCAAAUGGGAGUUCCCAAGAGACAGACUGCGCCUGGGUAAAACACUGGGUCAUGGUGCUUUUGGGAAGGUGGUGGAGGCGUCUGCUUUUGGCAUUGAUAAAUCUUCAACCUGCAAAACAGUUGCCGUAAAAAUGCUUAAAGCAGAAUGUGCAACUACUAAUGAAUGCAAGGCUUUAAUGUCUGAACUGAAGAUCCUCAUCCACAUAGGACAUCAUCUGAAUGUAGUCAACCUACUGGGAGCCUGCACCAAAGCUGGAGGUCCUUUAAUGGUCAUAGUGGAAUAUUGCAAAUAUGGAAAUCUGUCCAACUACCUAAGAGGAAAACGAGGAGAUUUCAUUGCAUACAAGUCCCAGGAACACUCUGACCAAGCAGAGAAAAGUCUGGAUGAGUCCAACAGUGAUUUGACUGAAUUGAUCAAGAGGCGCCUGGAGAGCGUCGCCAGCACAGGAAGCUCUGCCAGCUCAGGAUUUAUUGAAGAUAAGAGUUACAGUGAUUCAGAAGAUGAUGAAGAAGAUGCUGAGGAUCUGUACAAACGGCCCCUGACUUUGGAGGAUCUGAUUUGCUACAGCUUCCAAGUGGCAAAAGGCAUGGAGUUCCUCGCCUCCCGAAAAUGCAUUCAUCGGGAUUUGGCAGCAAGGAACAUCCUUCUCUCAGAGAACAACGUGGUUAAGAUCUGUGACUUUGGGCUAGCCAGGGAUAUCUACAAAGACCCUGACUAUGUACGGAAAGGAGAUGCACGACUUCCACUCAAAUGGAUGGCUCCGGAAGCCAUUUUCGAUAAAAUUUAUACAACACAGAGUGAUGUGUGGUCUUUUGGAGUGCUGCUCUGGGAAAUAUUUUCUCUGGGUGCCUCACCAUACCCUGGAGUGCAGAUAGACGAGGACUUUUGCCGACGGCUCAAGGAAGGAACCCGGAUGAGAUCUCCAGAGUACUCUACUCCAGAAGUCUACCAGACAAUGCUGGAUUGCUGGCACGGAGUGCCCACCGAGAGGCCGACCUUCACCGAGCUCGUGGAGCGCUUAGGAGAUCUUCUUCAAGCCAACGUGCAGCAGGAUGGUAAAGACUAUAUUCCACUGAACAUCACCCUGUGUCCUGAUGGAGAAUCUAACUCCAAAACUUGCCCUGUGGAGGAGAACUUGAACACUGGUGUAAAUCGCUGGAGCACAGUGGAAACUGGUAACAGCAGCAAGAAGAGACCCCUGAGUGUGAAGACAUUUGAUGAAGUAUCAGUAGAAAAGGAGAAAGUGACACAUGAGGAGUCAGACAGCGGGAUGGUGUUGACAUCAGAUGAGAUAAAAAGCCCGAAGAGGCUGGAAAUCCGUUCUUGGCCGUAUGGGAUCAUGGCUCUAGCGCGGAGAGCUGUCAGCAAGAGCAAAGAGUCCAUCUUGUCUGAUCAUGACCGUGAGGCUGUUAAAUACCAGCCAGCAGUGCAGGUAGAAGAGGACACCAUGGACUUCACACUGGAAGACUCUGUUCUGCUUCCUAUGGAUCCAAACCUGGAAUGCCACAGCCCACCUCCAGAUUACAACUCUGUCAUUCACUACUCAGCCCCUCCAGUGUAAUCAGCCCAGCAGGGCACAGAGCAGCUUGCACCUCUCUUCACCACACAAGAUCCUGACACACCUCUAUGCCUGGAUGAAGAGGCUGGGUAAAAAUGAAAGGGAAAUCUGACAGGACAAUGGUUCAUAUGUUUCUUCUAGCACAUCUCUGGUGCGAAUAGAAACAUUUCAGAAGCAUCUUUUUUUGCUAUCUUUAAAGGCCUGUUGCAACACAUGCAGUACAUUAAAAUUCUGUCUAUCAGAAUUCUAAGUAGAAGCUGCAACCCAGAACUGCUUCUAUUCCCUUCUCCCCAGGCUGGGGAGGCACUGGCCUCUGCAGAUUUUCAAGUUCCUUUCUUCAUAUUUCACUCCAUAAGAGUUCCCAAGAGUCAUGUCAAGCCAGUUGUGAAAACAAAAUUCAUUCUAUUGGUCCUGCACACACCCUGCAGGGACUGCUGAGAGUGACGCUGUGAGGGAUCAGUUGAAAACAACAGCCACACACACUGAUGUUUUGCUUCUGGAGAAAAUCCAAAACUGAAACAUCAUUCUUAACUUGGGAACUCAACUUCCAUAGAUAAUCACUGAAAUACUUUGAAAUCCAAAAUAUUGUGUUAUAAUUUGUGAUUUAAUCAUUUCCACUGUCUGUAGGAACACUCCUAACAAUGAGAUGGCACAGAGAAAGCAGGUAGCACUUGUGUGUCCAGAGGCAGGCUGGCCUUUCAGGCCACCAGGGCAUCCAAUGGCCUUGAAUAAUUUUGUGUUUUCUCCUUGCCCAAACAGCUGUUUCUCUAGCAUACAUGCAAUGGGGAACCUUGCUGGAGGUGCAGCUGCAACAAUUGCAAGGCCAAAUCACUGCCUUAAGUAAGAACCUUAAGCCUAAAUAGACAGAAUUUCCCAGCACACGUGCACAUCUGUCAGUGUGCAUAAAAUACCCAUCAAAAACCAGUGUUCCAUACAAAUGCACAUACAGCCUUGAGGCACCAGCAUUUUUACACUUCCUUUCCACACAUAGGCCAUUUACUAAUAAGAAAAAAAAUUUCCUUCAAGUUCUGUGGCAGGUGCCCCAUGGUUGGAUCCUGGGAACACCAGCCCAUGCUAAGCUGUAAUCAUGUGGCACAUACUUGUCUCUGCCUUGCCAGGGUAAGCAUUGUAUGAUAUGCAAAGCUCUGCAUGGGUUCAUGGUAAUUUAAAGCUUUUUUUGCAGCUUAAUCCUGCAGGACUGAACGGAUCACAAAUUCUCACAUUUGAGAAACUCAAAGUGUGUUGCUCCCUGCUCAAAAGCUGUGUGGCAGGGACUGUUGGUCUGCAAGUCUGUGUACCCAGGUCCCAUGCAUAGCCCACACAUGCACACAGCUUCAAAAAAAACAUAACCCUUGUCAUUUAGUGUGUUAUGUAACAGUCAGAGCUGACUUCAGAAAUCUAGGAAGGGAAAAGGUAGCAAGUAUAAAAACCAAGGAUGAGAAACAUGUUCAUUGACAGUCAAAGCUAUCACCUCCUAAGUUACUAGGAUCUGUAAAUCUGUACAGUUUCUUCCAAGGUCUGCCUGACCCUUUUCCUCUUAGAUUUCAUGCUGAUUUUACUUUUUCAGAGAAGGAUAUUUUUUUCUUCACGAUUACAAACUAAAGAAAAACCACCUAAAUCCAACACUUGCAAACCAAUUCAGUUACCUUGACAAAGACAGCCUGAACACCCUUGAAGCAGUGAAGAAAAUAAUCUCUGGGUGAUCAGUUACAGUUGGUUACAUUUGAAGUAAACAAAACAAGCCUCAGGUAUUAUCAAAGGAGGAACAAAUCUCCAAACCCACACCCUGUUAACUGUGAAUGCUGAAGCAUCUGAAGUACAGGCUCCUGGGAACUGCACUUCUCCUCAACUUCAGAUCCAACAUAAUAAGGAAAUCUCCUGCAGUAGCUCAUGAGCCCCUUGUGCAUAGAGGGCCUGCUGCAUAGCUGUGGUCUGUAGUUGCUUUAUGGCCUUUUUUUGCACUUGUUUGUAUUUUAGUACCUAUGUAUUAAGUAGUGCUGGUCAUAUAGCAGAAUAAACUACUGGGAAGGCAUUCAUCUGAUGAGCCCCAGAAAGCUCAUUGGAUCAGUUUUUCAAUGAGGAAAUUCAUUAUCUAUACCUCUGCUCAACUAAUCAAUCACUUCUUUUGGAAGGAACUUAUUCCCCUGGAAAAAAGAAAGACAGGUACAGACAGUUUGUCUGGCUCUGCUGUUAAUGGCAUCAGUGUGAGAUGGUUUGUUAUUGUGCCUUGCUCUGUAGGAUAAGAAAAUUAGUGUUUAAAAACCUUUGCUUAUAAACUUUAAAAUAAGUAUGUAUAGGGGAAAAGCCUCAAGUUAUGCUAUUUUGAAAAAAGAACAGGAAACACUGCUGGGUGAACUGUCUGCUUCUGGAGAGCUGAGUACACCAUCUUUCCACUUGAGGAAGGAUGAACUGUGGAGGUUUCUCUGAGCCCAGAGGAACAUGAAGCACAGCUCCUGAGCAGGCCCCAAGCAGGCAGGGGGAGCCACAGCCCCCCAAAUCAGCCCCUCUGUCUCACAUGAGAUGAGAACAGAACCAGACCCAACUGCUCCAUACGUUUUAAAACAUGGGUGGCACUGACAGACCCUGGACACUGGGGGCUCCUCUGCAGUGAGAAAUCAACAGUUGUCUUGGGCAGUAUCACUGGCCAGGUCUUCUGAGAGCAAAGACACCCUCUGGACCUGCAGCUGUGACCUUCAAGGGUUUCUUCAAGAAGUUCUGGAAAUGGCAAGUGACUGAUAUUUGGGCAGCUGUGUUUCCAAUGUUUAUUUUGAGUGGAAGAUUUUUUCCUCCUUAUAGUAAAUGUAAUAAGCAGAAGUAUUGCCUGAAAAGUAUUACUGAACAUGUCUUCUAUUUUAUUUACUAAUAUUUUGUUUGACCUUCUCUCCUCCCUUAAUUUAAUGAUUGUUCUUUUCUUACAAUGAUGUAUAUAAUUUACACAGUAGAAACAAAUAUAGUAAUUCAUUUAUAUGGUAAAAUUUGUAACAUUUUAGUCAAGAGAGAUACUCAGACAUAACAAAUUUAAAGUAUAGUUACUAAACAUUUCACUAAUGCUUGCAGGCCAGGCUCCAGUUUACAGUACCUACUAGUGCCAUUUCAUAGCAGUUCUCUUGGCUGUGAUUAUCUCUGCCUCUCACCCACUCUCCACAUCAAGUAGUUUCAGUUAGGAAGCAGGAAUCUGGAGGAAUCUGGCAGGUUUAUCUCAUUCCUGGAAGUGUCACCACACAGCUCAUGGUAAAGGCAAGGAAUUUCCACUGCCUCCAUUUCAAUUGAGGUGUAUUGGCUAGAGGAUCAGAAGGGGCCAAACUCUAAUGUGAUGUUUUAUAUUUUUUCAGACUUCUCAGGGAUUCUUACUUGACUUGUCACCACCUGCUUUAUCUAACCUGUGCUCAGUGGUAUCUGCUGUUAACAUGUACCUUGGUUUUUUUUUUUUUUUUCAACGGUGCUCUUACUCCUACUGGUUUUCUCCUCUUGUAGCCCCAGAGGAUUAGGGCAAAAGAACUCUUGAGCUGACCUCAAAACAUGUUGUCUUCUCUCCAACAAUCACCUGCCACACAGGUGUCCAAGGAUAAGUGCCUUCACCUCCAUGUUGUUGCUCAGGCUGGUGCUUUUAACAGUCUGGUUUCCUCUCUCCCCUUUUCAUCUACUUCUCAAUUUGUUCUUCAGAGUCUUUGCUUUUCUGUCUUUUGAAUAAGAUCAGUUAUAGGACUCAUUUCACUUUGCUAUUUCCUAUACACUCUGCAUUUGCAGAGGCUGAACUAGAUAAUCUAAGCAAGCUUCUCUUCACAUCAAAUUUUUCUCUAAUAUAGGCAAGGAAAACUAGUUUAAAUUGGUUUAUCUGGGAACCUCUCUGUAUCCUUCCCUGAAGGAGACAAGCUUUUGAAUCUAUUGAUUUUUCCAUAUUGGUAUCUGGAGCAAAACAAAGGUUGGUGACUACCUCUGUGAAUCUCAUCCUUCUCCUGGUCCUCUCUCAAACAGUGAGGUUUCUCUUCAGUUCUUCCAAGUUAUCCUCACAAAAAGAGGUCCUAACCAGGAUGCUGGGCCUGCACCAGCAAUUCAGGAUAUCAAGGAAGGUAAGAAAAAAACCUAUAGUUUGAGAAACAGUCUCCAACAAAACCACUGAAAUUGGAACCCACAGAAUGCUGGAGGUGUCUGUUUAAGGCUUCCUGCAGGCAUGAACUGCUCUGCUGAAGACACCCUGCUAGCAGGAGCACUGCUCCUCCCUCAGCCUGCUUGGCAAAGGCCAUAGCUCACCUGGGGUGUCCAGGCACUUCUCUCUUGGUCUUUUCACUCCUCUGUGGGGCAGGAAUGGCAAUUGACACAUGAUCCUGUAAGUGGCCAGUCAACAGCGCGUGACUGACCUUCUCCAGGUUGCUCCACACUGGGUGCUGGCCCUGCCUUGUCCUGUCCUAUCCUGCUUUACAAACCUGAUCCAGCCCUAAUCUAGCUCCAAGGGGUGCCCUUGGGUCAAGGGUCUCUAGCUCACACCAGCACCAACUGGACAACACUGGGAAAUGUUUGCAGGGAAACAUGACUAGCAAAUAGCUCCAUCACAAGAUAAAAGCAUUACCAGGUUUUCCUGAACACAGGAAUCAGCCAGAAUCAGUAUCACACUCAGAUCAGCCUUUUCUUACCAUAAAGUGAAUGCAAAAUACAGAAGGUUGCAACAAUUCUUUUGUCUCUCCCUGCAAAUAGUAAUGGCCAAACCCUGGAAUUUAAGUUAAACUUGGGACUUAAAGAAAAUAAACCAAGUGCCAUGUAACACUAAGGAAUGUUUGUCUGCCAUGUUCCUGUCUGAAGAAUGUAUGCACUGAACACAAUGCUUUCUUAUGUAGUCAAAAAUUGUACUGUAUCUAUUAACCAAAAAAAUAAAAAGAUUCUAUAUUUAUACA